UGUUAGAAAAGCAGGGAGGAGCUGGAUCUGGUUCUGCUGGAUGACUCACUCUGUCAACCCAAGGCGCACUCAUUCAACCAUUUGCACACUCUCAUACGUACAUACACACACAAACGCACGCACACACACGGUCACGCGCAGGCACGUUUAGUGGGGGGGGGGCACGCGCUACUUGACUGAAGAGGGGCUCCUCAUCAAAGCGCAUCAGGGCCGUCCAUUCACCACUGGAGGGCGAGUGGUACAAGAGCACCGGGACACUCCGGCAGCAGUGAGACAGAGCAGACAGUCGGAGGGAGACGGGUUAGAGCUGCUGCAGCUGGAAGACACAGACAGGCAGAGACACGGAGAGAAAACCCCAGACCCGGACUCUGCAAUAGCAUUAUUUCUUUCAGCCGUCGGAUUAAACCCGUCCAGAUCCGCCUCCAACACCAAAAUCACGCCAAGACAUGAGCUUCUCCUGCUGAAUGUUAUUGAUGCUGAACUGAGUUGUCCAGUGCUAUCCUCCAGUGUUUCCCCUACCCUCAGGUUUCUGUCCCUCUGUCUGUCACCUGGUUUUUGAGCAGCCAUGACAAAGUCCUACGAGUUCAACUGGCAGAAGCACCUGCCUGAGUUCAUGCAGGAAGGCGCAUCCUUUGACAGGUUUGAUGAGGACCCAUACAUUUUUGAGCCCAACUGUCAGAUGAAGGUGGAUGAGUAUGGCUUUUUCAUUACCUGGAAGAGUGAGGGAAAGGAAGGCCAGGUUCUCGAGUGUUCCCUCAUCAACAGUAUUCGUGUUGGUGGCGUCCCAAAGGAUCCCAAAAUCUUGUCAUCGUUCGAGGCCAUUGGAAAGACGGAGGCAGACUUAGAAGGCUGCAUCAUCUGCAUCUGCAGCGGCACAGACCUGGUCAACCUCAACUUCAUGUUCAUGGUGGCGGAGAACCCAGACACAGCCAGGAAGUGGAUCGAGGGUUUGAGGUCAGUGAUUCACAACUUUAAGGCCAACAACGUCUGUCCAAUGACCUGCCUCAAGAAACAUUGGAUGAGAAUGUGCUUCCUGACCAAUGUGAAUGGGAAGAUUCCUGUAAGAGGCAUUACUCGAACAUUUGCAUCAGGAAAAACCGAGAAGGGGAUCUUUCAGGCUUUGAAGGAUCUUGGCCUUCCCAGUGGAAAGAAUGAUGAGAUUGAACCAUCAGAUUUCACCUUUGACAUUUUCUACGCACUUACACAGAAGAUCUGCCCUCGCACAGACAUAGAGGAACUUUUCAAGAAGAUCAAUGGGAACAAAACUGAUUAUUUAACUGUAGACCAGUUAGUCAGCUUUCUGAAUGAAAACCAGCGUGACCCUAGGUUGAACGAGAUCCUGUUCCCAUUCUACGACCCUAAGAGAGCCAUGCAGAUAAUCGAGAAAUACGAGAGAGAUGAAGAACUGAAGAAGAAAGGUCACAUGUCCAGUGAUGGGUUCUGCCGAUACCUGAUGUCAGACGAAAACGCUCCAGUUUUCUUGGACCGACUGGAGCUGUACCAAGAAAUGGACCAGCCGCUGGCCCACUAUUUCAUCAGCUCCUCCCAUAACACUUACUUGACAGGGCGACAGUUUGGGGGCAAGUCUUCUGUAGAGAUGUACCGCCAGGUCCUGCUGUCUGGGUGCAGAUGUGUGGAGCUGGACUGUUGGGAUGGGAAAGGAGAGGACCAGGAGCCUAUUAUCACUCAUGGCAAGGCCAUGUGCACAGACAUCCUGUUCAAGGACGUUGUCCAAGCCAUCAAGGAGACAGCAUUUGUCACUUCAGACUACCCUGUUAUAUUGUCCUUCGAAAACCAUUGCAGUAAGCCACAGCAGUACAAGAUGGCCAAGUAUUGUGAGGAGAUCUUCGGGGAAUUACUUCUCAAACAGCCUCUGGAAAACUUCCUGAUUGAACCUGGGCGCCCCCUACCCUCUCCAAAUGACCUCAAACGUAAAAUCCUCAUCAAAAACAAACGCUUGAAACCUGAAGUUGAGCAGAAGCAGCUAGAGGCCUUUAAGAAACACAUGGAAGCAGGGGAGACCAACACGCCUGCCAUCAUUAUGGGAGAGGAGAAUGAAGACGACACAGAGAACGGAGAAAAGGAGGCUGAGGAUAAGGAUUUGAAUUCCGAAGCUCCCAGCAGCCUGUCAGAGGCAACCAGUGAGAAAGAUGCCAACAGUGUUUCCCAGAGUAACGCUGUGAGCUCAAGGAAAGAGGAACACAGCAACAGUAUCAAGAAGGUGCCUGAAGAUGAAGUGACUGAAAUAUCCGAAGCCACAGAAGCAACAGACGCCACAGAUAUCUCAGAAGCAUCUGACCAAGACAAUAACAAGAAGGGUGGCGAGGAGGAGGAGGACUCUGAAGAGGCUCUGAUAGCUCAGUACACCUAUGUAGGCGCCACCACUAAUAUCCACCCAUAUCUGUCAGCCAUGGUCAACUACGCACAGCCUGUCAAGUUCCAGGGUUUUGAUGUUGCAGAGGAAAGGAACAUCCACCAUAACAUGUCAUCUUUUAAUGAGUCUGUUGGUCUCGGCUAUCUGAAGACGAAUGCCAUAGAGUUCGUCAACUACAACAAGCGUCAGAUGAGCCGCAUCUACCCCAAAGGGGGCCGGGUGGACUCCAGUAAUUACAUGCCUCAGAUCUUCUGGAACGCGGGUUGCCAGAUGGUCUCACUCAACUUCCAGACCCCAGAUCUGGCCAUGCAGUUGAACCAGGGGAAGUUUGAGUACAAUGGCUCCUGCGGGUACCUGCUGAAGCCCGACUUCAUGCGACGGUCAGACAGGAUGUUUGACCCUUUCUCAGAGACCCCAGUGGACGGUGUUAUCGCUGCCACCUGCAGUGUACAGGUGUUCUCUGGGCAGUUCCUGUCAGAUAAGAAAAUUGGCACAUACGUUGAGGUGGACAUGUACGGGCUGCCGACAGACACCAUCCGGAAGGAGUUCCGCACACGCAUGGUGAUGAACAACGGGCUGAACCCUGCCUACAAUGAGGAGCCCUUCGUCUUCAGAAAGGUGAUCUUACCGGAUCUGGCAGUACUGCGCAUCGCCGUCUACGAUGACAACAACAAGCUGAUUGGCCAGCGAAUCCUGCCUCUGGAUGGCCUGCAGGCUGGCUACCGUCACAUCUCGCUGAGGAACGAGGGCAACAAGCCCCUGUCAUUGCCCACAAUCUUCUGCCAAAUCAUCCUUAAGACCUACGUGCCCGACGGCUUCGGAGCAAUUGUGGAUGCCCUGUCAGACCCAAAGAAGUUCUUGACCAUUGCAGAAAAGAGAGCUGACCAGAUGAAGGCCCUGGGGAUUGACACGAACGACAUAGCAGAUGUUCCCAGUGGAAGCUCAAAGAACGAUAAGAAGGGAAAGGGAAAAGGAGACACUGUAAAGGCCAGCGUGACACCACAAACCAGCUCAGACAUGGCCCAGACCUCCAACUCUGCCCAAAAUAACACAGCCGAAACCAAGAAGGAUACUGCACUUGUGCCUAAUGUCAGCAUUGAUGACUUAAAACAAAUGAAGACGUACCUUAAGUUGAUAAAAAAGCAACAGAAGGAGCUCAGCGCUUUAAAGAAGAAACACUCAAAGGAUCAAAACACAAUGCAGAAAGCUCACUGCACCCAGGUGGACAAGAUGGUGUCUCAGCACGAUAAGGAGAAGACAACUUUGGAGAAACUUCUAGAGAAAGCCAUCAAGAAACGAGGGGAAAACAACUGCCAAGAGCUGAAGAAGGAAACGGAGGAUAAGAUCCAAACGCUGAUCGCUGAUCACAAAGCCAAGGUAAAGGACAUCACAGCACAGCACACUAAAGAGUGGUCAGAGCUGAUCAGCAGUCACAGCAGCGAGGAGCAGGAGAUGAAGGACAGCCACGUCACACAGCAGUGUGAACACCUCAAGAAACUCCUGGCCACUGUCCAGGAACAGCAGACCAUGCAGCUCAAACUCAUCCAGGAACGACAGAGCAAAGAAAUGCGUGCCAACCAGGCCAAGAUGUCCAUGGAAAACAGUAAAGCCAUCAGCCAGGAUAAGAGCAUAAAAAACAAGGCCGAGAGAGAGAGGAGAGUGCGAGAGUUAAACAGCAGCAACACCAAGAAGUUCCUGGAUGAGAGGAAGAGGCUCGCCAUGAAGCAUCAGAAGGAGAUGGAGCAGCUAGAGAAAAACCAGAGAGAACAGUUGGAGAAACUGGAGAAGUUCAAUGAACAGGCCAAGGACAUGCAGCAGAUGGUGAAGUUGGAGGAGGAGAUGGACCGCAGACCUGCCACGGUGGUCUCCAGAAACAGCGUGGAAGAGGAGAGAAGAAUAUGUAUAAGAUUUAAUGUCAACUCAGCACAAAUGAAUAAACUUUGUGAAAUACACUGUAUGCUACACACCAGUCCUGUCCUGAGCACUUUGUAUGUGAUAGGCCAUCAUUACAAUGUGGAAAAUGUAGCAGUACACUACUGUAGGUUUUCUGUAUUUGAGUAAGAAUGUAUUUAAAAAAAAAAAAAAAAACACUGUAUGAGUGGCAAACUCCAUGUCACUGAUUCCUACAGUGCAAGUUGUUUGACUUCACAAAGAUGUGUUACUGACUUUGCUUGUUGUUCAGCAGUGUCACAACCCUCUGUAAAAAGACUCGGUGUCUUGCUGAGUCAGACUAUGAAGGGGUCCCAAUAGAUUGAUGUUCACUUCGAUUAUUAGCACUGAUUUCUCAGUCAGAUUGUUUUAAUUAGUAGGAAACACCCAAGAGAUUGUGUAACUGUUGUGUUUCACUUUUAGCAGCAGCAUUUUAAAGUAAAAGUGAAGCACCUUGUUUUUUUUUUUUUGUUGUUGUUUUUUUUUACAGUUGUUUGUGCUCAGCCACCACAAGUUUACACCCACUAAACUCUAUGUUUUAUACUCCUAAUGAUAGGCUCAAAAUCAUGUAUACUAUGCAAAAGAAAGGAUUAACAAACACGAUUCCCUUUAAGGUGUAGAGGAUCGAUUAGGACAUCAACAGUAACCAAAAGAAGAUAAAAGUAUCAAUAAUCAAAUUGUGGCUGCUUUUUUAGCCUUUAUGUAGUGAUUCCCACAAACCAAAACAGUGACGCAAGUAUUGACGUCACCUAACAGAAAGUGUUGAUAUAAAGUGGGCAAGUGCAACUAAGUAAAAGGUUAAGUAGGAUUAAAAUUGGCCUUUGCACAAAGGAGUUUUGCACUUGAAACUUGUGCCAUAUCUGUAAUACACACAUAACAAAAUGAACGUAUUCUUGGCAGCAUAUUAAUUCUGCUGUACUACUUUGCUUUAAUUGACCGGCCCAUCACUAUCAGACAAGAGUUUUGGACAGAAGUCAAAACCACCACAUCUCGCCACCACCACAGUUUCCCACUCAUUAAAGCGGUGUUGCAGUAUUGAAGUGUUCCCUUAAUAGCUCCCUGACUGCACGUUAGCGACCUCAGCUUGUAAUCCUCAUUUCCCUGCUGGCCUUUGGUCAGGGAAGAUCAGACUGAGUCAUUCUAAUGGAUUUCUAACAAAGCCUGUUGACAUGGCUGCCACACACACUGUCCACAGCGGGGACUUCAGACAAGGCCGGUAUCCCUCUGUGUCCCAACCAGGUUCCCUCUGAGACUACAGAUCUUUUGAGGAAGCACUAGUGUUAGAAAUCCUGGUGUCACUGCCUGACAAAAAGCCACUGUAGACAAGGAAGCGUGACUUGAAAGUACUCUAAUGAAGUAAUCCUGUAGUAUUUGUGCACAUAUGAUCAUGCCAAGCAUUCACAUUGCAUGGCACACCACUAAGAUCACCACAGUCACAAAAGCUAUAAUGAUAAUGUUAUGAAAACAUGGGGAUAAAAGCACCUCUAGGCUUUUUGGCCAUUUUAAUUUUAAUUUUUUUUUUCCCUGUUGUAUUCUGCUGUAACACACAUAAAGGGUAGACGGGAUUUUUUUUUGUAUAUACUGGAAUGUAUGUAGUUUACUUUUUUAGCAACUGUCCUCUGUCAUACAAGGGCUUGGGGGAUAGAGUGGGUCUGUUGGAUGUUGGGGAAAGACAUUUAUCAACCACUGGGAUCAUCAUCUUUGUUAUUUUUUUGUUUCUGUUCUCUGGUCUGCCCUUACUGCACCACACAACACAGUAUAAAGCUCUCACCACAUAUCUAGUGCAGAGAUAAAUGAGUAAAAGUGCUUUUAAAUUUUAUUCCAUCGCUUUCAAAUGUGCCACUCAGUGUCUGUUAGGAAGUUAAAAUUUUAUGAAUGAUUAAAUGCCAAAUUAAGGGGUUAUUUAUAUGAAGAUAUAUAUAAAUAAAUGAAUAUAUAUAUUAUAUAUAUUAGAUAUAAUGUGUAGUUUAAGAUUAUUAUGUUUAUUAGAGGCUUUUUUGCACUAGUUGAAUGUUUCUGUUGUGUGAUUACAUGUAACCUUUGGCUCUCUAGUUUGUCAAGAAAAAAAAAUGCAGAUUAUUUUUGCAGAGCAACAUCACGGAUUUGAUUUCCUCUGUUUUUACUGUAUCUCCUCUUUGUUUUCUAUUUGAACUGUAGCUUGUCAACAAACCAUUCUGUGCGUGUUUUUUGUAUUUAUAUUGUAUUGUUGAACUUAAAGCAAUGAAAAUACUGUUGUUAUCCAGCUCCUUUAAUACUGUUUUAUAGUAUGUGUACCAAUAAAUCCAGGUGUAAAAUGGGA